AUGGAAUGGGGAGCUUUUGGUGAUAAUGGCUGCAUAGAUUUUCUUCGUACGGAAUUUGAUGAAGAUGUCGAUCGUGCAUCCAUUAAUCCGGGUAAACAUCUCUUUGAAAAGAUGAUUUCUGGAAUGUAUAUGGGAGAAAUUGUGCGCCUUGUUCUCGUAAAACUUGCAAAGGCAAAAAUGAUCUUUGAUGGUGAUUAUGAAGCUAUUUCAAAGCAAAAUUGUUUUCCGACCAAAUUUGUCUCCGAUAUUGAAGAACAAAAAGGUCAUGGAAAUUUACAAAGAAUGCUUCAAAUUUUGCAACAAAUUGGGAUUAAUAAGAUCAGUGAUAGCGAUUGUCUUCAUGUUGCGUAUGUUUGCGAAAUAAUUAGCACUCGAGCUGCACAUCUCACUGCAGCAGGUAUAUCAUGCAUUUUGUCUCGUAUGCAAAAGAAAUUUGUAACAGUAGGAAUUGAUGGAUCCGUAUAUCGGUUUCAUCCUAGAUUCGACAAAAUUCUCGACUCAAAAAUCAACGAUUUAUUACCAAAAAAUCUUGACUACCAAUUGAUGCUGUCAGAAGACGGAAGUGGCCGUGGAGCAGCGCUUGUUGCUGCUGUUGCCGAUCGGAUUAGGAAGGAAUGUAAAUAA